AUGGCCCAUUUCAGACAGUUGGACAAGAAGGGUCGACCGGGACCUAUUGGGAACCAAGGACCUAUAGGUGCUCCAGGAUUUACUGGGCAAGAAGGUUUGGCAGGGGCAAAAGGUGAGAGAGGGGCAGUGGGCUCUCCAGGAUCAGCUGGACUGAAAGGAGAUAAGGGUCCAAUGGGAGUUCCUGGAUUUCAAGGCAUCAAUGGAAUUCCGGGCCACCCCGGCCAGCCAGGGCCCAGAGGUUUUCCUGGCCUUGAUGGCUGCAAUGGUUCUAUUGGGAGUCCUGGCGUUUCAGGGUUGGAUGGGUUUCCUGGUACACAGGGGCCACCUGGUCGCUUUGGUCCCAAAGGUCCCAAAGGAGAUCCUGUGUAUGCCGAAGGUGGCCCUAAAGGAAGUAAGGGUGAAAACGGUCUUCCUGGAUUGGAUGGGAUUUCUGGUCCAAAAGGUUUCCCUGGCCCAGCAGGUUCUGUGGGUCCUAUAGGAUUGCCAGGUUUGCAGGUAAGGAAACCUUAA